CUGUGGGCAUUAUAAUCCCAGUCGAAGUCUGAUUGUUCGCAUGUCGUUCUACGAUGUGAUGUUGCAUGCGCCUUUGUCCUACCGCUGCCUGUCUCCCUCGGCCGACUGUAGCUAUAUUCACUCAUCUAUGUUCUCUGAAUACCAUGCUGUAGGAAAUCGUCUAUAAUACAAAGUGUCUAAGAAUUCGUCUGUGAGAGUUGUGUGUUCGAGGACACAACGCCAAGUGGCCCUUUAGUCGUCGCUUACUUUGCCCGCCUUUCUCUAGCAGGACCGGGCAGUCACUGUUUGCGAGGAAUUGCAGUUGGAGAGUAUUUUCGUGCAGUCAACAACGAUGGAAAAAUCGUGCACCAGCAGCGCCAGAGCACUGAAAGUCAACGCUGUACAAACGAUGGGUAAGACUGUGCUACAGCGAUACCGAACACAGCCUAUGGUACUACGGUAGAAAGUCGUGCCCCAGCUGCGUCGAGCGGAGAAAUGCACGCGAUCCUUAUAGCAGCAGUCGAAGCUGAGAUCGACUGUACUCUAUUUUCACAGGCAAAGUGCAUAGUAAACCGAGUCUAGCAUCGGGUAAGCAUGAAUAGCAUAGUAAAUACAGAAAUGCAAAGACGGAGGAAAGUCGCAAAGGGGGUAAUGCCGAAUGAGAGGGUGAAUUACGGGAAAAUUCGAUUACUCUGCCGGGAAUUGCGGUCGGCUGCAGUUGCUGCUGCCGCCAGAAAAAGAAGACAAGAUUGUUUGGUGGAAAAGCCAACAAAGGCAUAGUGUAGCACCGUGAUAGAGAAGGAAAGAGUGGCGAUGCUUAAGAUAACCACUACACAUCCCAGAUAAAGCGAAACGAGCAGUUCCCUAUUGUGAGAUGCAGAAAGCUGAGCUUGACGCGAACCGCAAAGAGUGGCUGAACUGAUAGUGCCAUGGUGGCUAGAAGACACAAUGAUGAAGGCAGUGAUUGGAUAAGAAAGAGAGGAGCAGAAUUCAAGGAACUAGGGCAAAGCAAGACGAAAGCAAUACUGGACUAGGCGGGGGUGGGCUGGGGCGCUGUUGUUGAUGGCCGCUACUAGCCGUGGUAUGUUGAUACGGUACAUGGACAUCGACUUCAGGUUUCCGGUCCGCUUCUCUGGUAUCCUACUGUCGAAAAUUAUGCCAAAGCGUGAAGAAUGACGCGCGUCGACGAGCCCUCGAGCUUUCGUCGCCCCCGGCUCCAAGCCGUCCAGUUCGUCAACACCUCGACCACGACGAACACAAAGAAAGUGGGGCUACCGACGAGAUCAAUAAGCGCGACGAUGAUUCCCGCGAUUCGCUUGACGGUUCGGCGUCGAAGCGCCGCGGCUUCCCACCUGAAAUCGCCAUGGCGACGGCGUCACCGUCCCUGGUCACCGCUCGAACAGCUGUUCAGUCUAGUGUUGCUGAGUGUUUUGGUAGUGCAAAUAGCGCCUGCCGUACGCUUAAUUGGCAGCGGUCCUGGAAGCAAUGGGAGACGCAGCACCGGCGCCAUCUCUAGCGGCAGCAUCGGCGUUAGUGAAUUUCGGUUACCGGGCAAUCAUUCAGUCAACUUGACGCACAUUAUCGUCAAUCCGACGACAGGUCACCUGUUCGCCGGUGCAACAAACGUCAUUAUGGAGUUUAAUGAAAAUCUAACGCUGGUUCGGAGCGUUGCCACUGGUCCGGAAUGGGACCACGAGCAUUGUCCGCCCACGAAUUGCAACGGCACAGGGUACAAGACUCGGCCGACAAACACGAUCAACAAAGUCUUACUCAUUGAUGAAGAGAGCCGUAAACUGAUCGUAUGCGGGAGUACGCACCAGGGCGCCUGUCAGCGUAUGGAGCUGAGCGACAUUACGGACAAGGAGCCUAUCGUGCCGAUUCCGGUGGCAACAAACGAUGAAAAUUCGUCUUCGUUCGCUAUGAUUGGCCCGGCGAAAUAUGGUGACGUUCAACAACGAAUGCUUUACGUGGCGACGACGCGGACCCGCUACGGAACCUAUAGUGACAUCCGGCCGGCGAUUUCCGGUCGAAGUCUCGAGCAGGGCGAUUUGUUCAGCAUUCUCGAGCAUUCAUUCUCGACCAUUGCACGCGUGGAUCUUGGCACAACUGUCAAAGACUAUUACCUCGUCAGUUACGUGUACGGAUUUCACACUGAUGAUUAUGUCUAUUUUGCCACCGUUCAGAUGCGAAGUCAUUUGCUACAGCUGCAGGAGUUGGGGUACAAUUCACGGUUAGCUCGGUUAUGCGCUGGGGACCCGUCGUUCAAUACCUACACCGAGAUCAGCCUUGUUUGCAAGGGCGCAGACGGCACGGAUUACAAUUUGCUUCAGGACGCCACCGUUGUCGAGGCCGGGUCCGACCUUGCACGGUCGCUCGGUCUGAGGGAUGAGCGUCGAAUCUUUGUGGGCGCGUUUGCUCAGAGCGUCGAUCAUACGACAAAAGUUAGCGGCCGCUCCGCGAUCUGUAUCUAUCCGCUGCGACAGAUCGAGAAGAUGUUUACCGAGAAUAUUCACAUGUGCUACAACGGCACCGUGGCGACAAGGAACAUGGACUACGUAGCCGGCAGUCUGGCCGACUGUCCUGCUCCCGGGAAAAGCGGCAACGUGUACAGCUUCUGUAACGAGACGCUUAAAGUUAACGGCAGCGCGCCGAUCCGGGCUCAGGCCGCCGCUACGUGGACUGGCGUAACGCUAACGGCCGUUGUCGUGACAGUCACGCAACAGCACAGCGUCGCCUUCCUCGGAACAAAUCACGGAACCGUCAAAAAGGUCUUACUAUCAGCGGAGGGCAUCGGAGAAGAGUUCGAGGAGGUCGAAGUAGAUCAUCCCCAUUCAAUCCUCGCCGACAUGAUGUUAAGCAUCCACGGUGACUUCGUUUACGCCGCAUCGCCUUAUAAGAUUUCCAAACUUAAGGUAGCUGAAUGCGAACGUCACGACACAUGUAGCGCCUGCCUCCAAGCCCGAAAUCCUUACUGUGGUUGGUGUUCCCUCGAGAAAAGAUGUGCGGUUAAAUCAGCCUGUCAUAAUUCGACCGAGGACGACCGCUUGUACGCUACUCGAUGGCUUUCGCUGGAUUCGCAGCAGUGCAUCGAUUUCCAGUGGAUCCGUCCGGAGCAGCUGGCGGUUUCCGCUCAGUCCUCAAUCGAGAUCUCGAUCAACCAGCUUCCGAAGCUUCCAAAGGGCGCACGGUACAUCUGCGUGUUCGGCACCGUGAAAAAGGUGCCAAUAAGUGCUCACGAGACGCCAAGUGGGCUAAUGUGCGCCGCCCCCCCAGUGCACGAAAGACCUAGAGUUCCCGUAGGCGUGGAUUCCGUUGAUACCCUACUGGCAAUCCGCUCGUCAGAAACUAACAAGGACUUUCUCCAGCGUCCCUUUACCUUUUAUGAUUGUUCCGCGCACAAGACGUGCGCAUCUUGCGUGACCUCGAAGUUCUCCUGCAACUGGUGCUUUUCCGAUAAUAAGUGCUCUUCCGAUUCAUCGUCAUGUUCAAAAACGGUCAUCUUCGGCGAGAAUAACCCAAUUGACACGCUCAUGAACAAGGGUCGUGGAUACUGCCCUUCGUUCGAGGUGAAUAACUCGAUUCUGCUCGCUGACGGAACGAGGUCUGAAGUGACCGUUGAAGUACGUAACCUCCCCAGCCCAGCUGACAACUUUCAGUGUCUGAUCGACAUCGAGGGUCGUCAGACGAAGGUGUCGGCGUCUGUUCGUCAGAGCCGGGUUAUCUGCGGGGAAACCGAAUACUCAUAUCGAGAAGCUCGUGGUGAGACGGCCGCCCAACUAACCGUUCUCUGGAAUAGGGACACAUUUAUCGGACGUACGAACGUCACGUUGUAUAAAUGUUCGCUGCUAGGCUCACACGGCGGCCGGGGCGACUGCUCGCUUUGUGCCUCCCGUGAUCCGAAGUACGAGUGCACCUGGUGUAGCGGCCACUGCACCUAUGGACCGACGUGCAACGAACCCGUGCAGAUGACCUGUCCCCCACCGCGAAUCGACUGGAUUCAUCCGCUGAGCGGGCCGGUCCAGGGUGGAACACUUUUGACGAUCGAAGGCAGCAAUUUGGGCACUACCCGAGAAGAAAUCGAAGAUAAGAUCACCGUUGGCGGAGUUCCAUGCCGCGUUGUUGAUUACUCUGUUUCCGUGAAGGUGACGUGCGUAACAGGUCCCUCCGAGGUAUCUCAUGUCGCUGACGUAGUGAUUGGAAAUCGCGCCGGACUCAGUUCUGCUAAGGAGAAGUUUCUGUACAAAGAGAUCACGCUGGAGGAGGUCACCCCAAAGAUCGGACCAAUGUCUGGCGGGACCCGACUGUACAUUUCCGGACAGAACCUUAACAUCGGGUCAAACGUUGAAGUAUACCUGGACAAACUGCCGUGUAUCGUCGACAAGACUCUUGCGUCCAACUCGCAACUUUCUUGCACAACAACUAAAUCGACAAUACCCUAUAACGUCUCAGUGCUGACACUAAAAAUCGAUAAUUCUACCCAAACGCUUGGCUACCCUUACAUCUAUGUUGCCGAUCCAGUCAUUUUUGAUAUUGCGCCAAAGAAAAGCUUUGUAUCAGGUGGCCGACGGAUUAAAGUGACUGGCAAUCAUUUCAACGCCAUUGUCGCCCCCAAAAUCGCCGUAUUCUACGGUGACAACAUCAUCAAUGAGACAUCCUGUGAAGUCGAGGAUAACCAGCACAUGUUUUGCCUGUCGCCGCCGGUAAACUCGGAGAUCCAAGUGGCUCGACCAGCCGCCCGUCGUCGCGUCGAUUCCGAUGUGAUGCACGAGGAGUGGCGGUUUAAAAUCGGUUUCCUUAUGGACAACGUUGCUGCAGUUCGCGAUCUGACGACAAAUUUUCCUGACCUGAUCUCAGACAUGGUUUAUGUUCCCGAUCCGAGGUUCUACCAGUUCGACACCGCCGGUCACGUUAAGUUGUACAAAGGCGAGUCGCUCGUUAUAGAAGGGAUGAACAUCCGCGCAGCGCUUCGUGACGAGGCCGAGAUCUCAGUGGCGAUCGGGGAUGAACGUUGCAACAUUACGUCGAUAGCAAAUAAUCAGUUGGUCUGCCUUCCGCCAAGUGAACAGCCUCAGGCGUACAAUAAUUUCUGGCAUGGCAAGGAGGCUCGCAGUGAUCUGCCCCUCGUUGUCGUCCACAUCGGGCCCAACCUACACUAUAUUAUCGGCUAUUUGAGGUAUGAGUUCUCGAAACGGGGAGAUCUACCAAGUGAGGCAGUGGCCGCCAUUGCCGGCAUCGGCAUUGUGUUAACCUUGGUAUCGCUUUUUGUGAUAGUAUUGCUACGUCACAAGUCGACUCAGGCCGAGCGCGAGUAUAAACGGAUCCAGCUUCAGAUGGACGAUCUCGAAAAAUCUGUUCGGAUUGAGUGCAAACAAGCAUUCGCUGAGCUGCAAACCGAUAUGACCGAUCUGACGAACGAUCUAUAUACGAUGGGAGUCCCCACGUUGGAACAUCGUGCCUACGUAAUGAAAGUGUUCUUUCCGGGGGUAAUCGAUCAUCCGCUCACGCGUGACAACAAGCUGAAGAAUAACGGCUAUUAUAACAACUAUGAAGUGGCAAUGACGCAGUUCCAUCAGCUGCUGCUCAAUAAGAGCUUCCUCAUCAACUUCAUCAACACGUUGGAAAAUCAGGCGAGCUUCACGAUCCGUGAUCGGGUUAAUGUCGCCUCACUGCUGAUGGUGAUUUUCAUGAACAAGCUUGAGUAUGGCACUGACAUUCUGCGUACACUGCUACUUCAGCUAAUUGAGCGGUCGGCUUCAUCCAAACACCCCCAGUUGAUGUUGCGGAGAACGGAAUCAGUGGUUGAGAAGAUGCUUACGAACUGGCUAGCCAUUUCUAUGUAUGACUACCUGAAGGAUUCUGCCGGCUCAUCACUGUUUCUGCUCUUUAGCGCCAUCAAGCAUCAGAUAGAAAAGGGCCCUGUGGAUGCGAUCACCCACGACGCACGCUACUCCCUAUUCGAAGCUAGGCUACUGCGGGAACAGGUCGAUUAUGCCAUGGUUACGAUCCACGUAGUCCAGGAAGAGCAGGGAGACAAGGUCGUGUGCCGGGUGAAUGACUGCGAUACGAUCUCGCAGGUCAAAUGCAAGGUGCUCGAUGCGCUGUACAAGAAUACAGCGCACUCACUGAGGCCCAACGUGCUCGACGUCGAUCUGGAGUGGCGUCAUGGACGAGGUGGACAUCUGAUCCUACAGGACGAGGAUCUUACCACAAAAACAUUGAACGGCUGGCGACGACUGAACACCCUGCGACAUUAUGGCAUUAAAGACUUCGCCGUAAUGAGCCUCGUCAGCAAACAAAACGAUAACUUUAACAAUUACAGCGGCGACAUGACGUUAAACUCGAUGACAAAUAUUGUCCUAUCAAACAAUCAGCACAAUACCAUGCAGAACGUCUACGCUACAAUUAAGUCAACACACGGCGGCAGUCACACGUCGUCAUCGGCACAAUCAGAUAUGGAGAACGGCCUUAAGUUUUGGCACCUCGUGAAGAACGACGAUGAUAAGAAGAAUGACCAGGCGUAUACAAAAGCCAUUCCGGAAAUCUUUCUCACGCGCCUGUUGUCAACUAAAGGUACAAUCCAGAAGUACGUGGACGAUUUCUUUACAACAAUUUUAUCCGCGAAUGAAGCGCUCCCGCCCGCCAUUAAAUGGCUGUUUGAUCUGCUUGAUGAAGCUUCGAUGCUACAUGGUAUUACCGAUUCGGAAGUACCUCAUGCAUGGAAGUCUAAUUGUCUUCCGCUGCGGUUCUGGGUGAACUUUAUUAAGAACCCGGAUUUCAUACUCGACGUGAACAAGACGCCAAUCGUCGAUAGCUGCCUGUCGGUGAUCGCCCAAACCCUAAUGGACUCCUGCUCGCUGACUGAACAUCGUUUGGGUAAGGACUCCCCGUCGAAUAAACUGCUCUUCGCUAAAGACAUCCCACGCUACCGGAAGAAAGUCUGUGACUUUUAUCAUUGUCUAGCAAUGAUGCCCACAGUCACCGAUCAAGAUCUCUGCGUCCAUUUGCAACAGCUAAGUCUGCAAUACGGCGGCGAGUUCGACGCCAGCGUGGCCGUCAAAGAACUUUACGUGUACGCGGCUAAGUAUCGUGAGCACGUUUUGCUUUCCCUUGACAAUGACCCACAGUGCCACACGAUGCAUCUUGCCCAUAAGCUGCAUAAUGUCGCCUGCACGAUGGAAGGCCAACCGACUUCGGUCUGUUGAAACGUAGUUAAUCAGUGAGAAUUCCAGUCUAAUUCCAUCCAGCUAAAUUAGAAACAGCUGGAAACGGGGGGAGUCACCGGAAAAAGUAACUCAAAGGUAGCAACGGUAUCAUGAUAAAGAGAGGGAUAUACCGACGUAGCUCAACAUCGAUUCAGAGUAAUGAUACAUACAAUGAGAUGAAAAUCGCUAAAAAGAAAUCAAUCUAUCAUUUUCUCUAUGUAUGUGAGAAGAUCGAAGCGGAGACAACCAACAUGCCCUGUACAUAAUAAUCUUGAACUCUGUACAUAGCAAAAUAGCGAUAAAAAUAAAUAUAGGGUGAUGAUGUCGAUGAUUUUAGUGAUGAACCGGCAAUGAUGAACGAAUGCGGUGCAUGUAGAUAUAUACAUAUGGAAAAUACACUAGUACUAUCGGACGGACAGAGCGAGAUAUGAAGGCCUGAGUUCAGUCGAACGGACGGCUAAGGAAACUCAAGUGACAAUGCUAGAACCCAAAUGCCACUAAACGGUACCGUGUUGGCUAAAUGCACAGAAGGAACCCAAGCAGAGAUGUCGUCUGCAUGAUGCAGAUGUCAUAUUUGUUGUUAACAGGGAAACAGAAAUAGGAGAAAAGAUGUAUAAGUUAAACCAGAUAAAUCUAUCUAUGGUAUCCUGAAAGCAACAUUGACAUAGCGCUGAGGUUAAAUGAAAGGAGUUGACAAAUGACAACUUCCAUGGACGCUUUGUUGUACCACACAAUGUAAACUCGAAUAUGUAUAUGUGUACGUCUCUUUCUGAUCAGGAAGGAAAAAAUCUUAUGGAGAGUAAAAACUUAUGCAGUUCGAAGUUUUUAAGGUGUGUAGUAUAGAAACUACACGAAGUAUCAGAGCAUAUAUAUAUAUAUAUAUAUAUAUAUAUAUAUAUAUAUAUAUAAAGCGAGAGACGGCUCCGGAGAAGCAGGGUGCCGGUGAAGCGGAUCCGAUGUCUGAGCGUUUAGGGCAGAUCAGGAAGGCUGCACAUACAGGACGACAAAUGAUAUGGAGCUGGCUUAUAUAAUGACACCGAAAUCGCUAGAUACGCGGAUCCCAGUCCGGCUAAGCUUUAUCGAUUUUUAUUCGUCAGCUAAAUACAACUUCGUCGUUGUAGUUCCCGAACGUUUGAAAACGCUUGCAAAACUGGUAACCCAACAGAACCAGACAAAACAGCAAAUGAGAGUAAAUGAUAGACGAACUUUAGAGGUUAGCAAAUAGUUAUAAAGCAAAACGAUAAAGACAAAGGUUAUUCCAGCCCUGCGGUGAACAACUUAUGACGUUUGGCUGUUGGACUAAGAUCGAGUUUUUACCAGCACCGUUGUGCUGCGAUAACUUGAGACGUUACUACGAGCCAAAGGCGGUAGAAUUGGUAUGAUAACUGUUGUCUCAAGCAUUGUGUGCCUAUGGGCCUUGGCCCACCAAGUCACUAUCCUAUCACAAAUGGCGUGAUCAAGAUCCUAACUAUGAAUAUGAUGACAGGCCGAUGGUGAUAAGAGCGCUUUAGAGCGCAGAUGAUGACAAAUAAAGGUCACGAUGGUAAGUCGGUGCUUAGUCGUUUUCAUGGGCGAACCACUCGAAACAGACCAAUGGUUAACUAUUCAAUUGAAAAUCACUACAUGUUCGCUAAUUUAUUCAUUUAAUACAGAAGAGAAAAUUACUGAUUCUUUGUGAAUUUGGUAAGGAAAUUUAGCAGAAUAUCUAUAUAAUUAACUAGCCAAUAAGGAUAAACUGUUCUACAUACGUGCUGCUAAAAGACAAUAUAAUAGUCCACGGCACCUUGGUACUACUAUGCUUAAUUUUUAAUAUAUAGCUGCCGCGUAAAAAACAAAUGUUUGUUUUGUCAGUCGGAUUAACUCGAAAGAAAUCAGGUUAGAAAAUGGCGACGGAACAACGGGACUUUCGGGGACGACCUUUAAGCGUUGAGGUGUAAAUAGGAAACGGACGGCUUGUAAAUAAGAAAAAUCACAAAGAAGAAUUAAAUAUGUGUAGAUGAAAAAUGAGAGGAUGGCUGAACGUUGUUUCGAGCAGUAGAACAGAAAAAAAUGAUGAUACUAAUGCUAUUAAUAUUGAUAAUAAAAUUGACAACUGGAAUAAAGCAAGAACAAAAGCCAUAGUCGCACCUUCUGCGUCUCGCUGACCCCAUUGUACUUAGAAUGGCAGAAAGUAGGCGUCAGAAAAGCAGAGUUAUUGUUAGGUUAUCAUAGACGCUUCGGAACCAUCUAAAAUUAUCCACACGAAAACGUGCCGUUACGCAAGUCGAACGCGAUACAAUCGCAGGUGACGGUCACACUAUUACUACACUAUAAAAUUCGGGCGGUGAGGCACGUCAAGUAGACGCGAUCAAGGCGGCUGUUCAUAGAGGCAGUGUAAAAUAUUUAACUUAUUGUAAAAAAAAAACAGAAUGAAAACGAAGGGAUAACAGCGGGGAGCGUUGGUAGCCUCCUGGCCUAUUGCAACAACAAAUUAUUGCUAAGAAACGAGAUACGGAAGCAAGCCUAAACAGAAACAGCCAACAAAUUACCGUAAUACGGAUUUAUUUACGAUACAUAGGUGUGUGCAAAAGAGAUAAGCCUGAUAGUGCGAAGAAGUUGAAAUAUAAUCAUACGUAUGUGGAAGAAAAACACAGCUGGAGCCAGGAAAACGCGUGAGCUUUGUAAUUUAUAAAAAAUAGGCAAGAAUCAGAAUCGAGUUAAUGAAGAGAAAAUAAAAAUGGUGGAAACUAAUUAGAAGCAGCAAUCGAGGCGGACAAAAUCGAGUGAAUAAAUGGACAUUCAA